AUGUCUCAACCACCCUCUCCAUUCCCUCCGCAAUCGCAAUUCUACUCAUCUCAGAUCAUGAACCCCGACACACCUCCUCCACCACCCCCAAAACCCAGCAGCCACGAAGCCAGUCGACGCGGCACCCCGCAAAGCACCACUGCACAAGCCUGGCAGCCAGACCAGACAGGCGCACAUCAGGGCGCACAUCCCAAUAAUCCUCAGCAGCCAUAUAUCCCCGAUCCUCCAACAAUCGAGGAAGGAUGGCUCCCAGAUCUAGUGUCCGAUAAAUCAACAACCGAUCUCCAAACCAUCCUCAAAGACCCAUCUCUGAUCUCCGCCCUCUCAAGCCAACACCCCUCAUAUACAACCCGCCAACAACACCUCGAAACCUUAAUCCAAACAAACAAAGACCUCGCAACCCGCGUCCUAGAGAUGGAGAACCACCUCGCCGAAGCUCGCGCCUCCACAGAAACCAUGUUGAUCACACACCAGUCACUGGAGGUGUCCUGGCGCAAGAAGCAGGCCGAGAUGGACGCCGCUCUAGCGCCGUGGUCGCCGAAAGCACUAUACCAACGCUUCAGCGCAGCAAUUACGGAACAAGAGGCUGUCUGUCAUGCUGUUGAGGAGAGCUUCCUGGAUGAAGACCAUCACGGUCGGGCCACGGAGAAGGAAAUUGCAGAUUGGGUCCGACGUGUACGGGGCGAGGCAUCUAAAUUGGCGGCUCGGAAGGAGGCUAAGGCCCGAUGGGAUGAGGGACGUGUUGGGGGUUGGCGAUGA